UCAUUGCAUUCCGCGUAGUGGUGGAUUAUCAAGAGUACUAAAGGUAUCAGUGUUUAGUGAACACUGUGCUGAAGAAGAAGUCUUUUAUCCAACAAUUGUCAUUUAAUAGGUUUUUUGUCUCUUUUCAAAAGUUCAUGUUGAGUUAUAUAGUGAAAGUUAUACAGUUUUAUACAUGUCAAUUUCGCGAUUGUGUGAAAAAUUUCAGCAGAACAUUAUUUUACUUAUACUCUGAAAACUAAAGUGUAUCGAGACUAUGACACUGUGGCCGAACGUUGCACUCUCUCAAAGUUGCAACCUCAAGGGGCUUCUCCUACGGAGGAUACCGAUUCUAGCAUGGCUACCUCUGUACAGUUGGAGCAAACUUCUGCAGGACACUUUGGCAGGGUUGACAGUGGGUCUGACCGCGAUACCGCAGGGCAUAGCGUAUGCAAUAGUGGCUGGACUUCCGGCACAGUACGGCCUGUACAGCAGUUUCAUGGGUUGCUUCGUCUAUCUAAUCUUCGGUAGUAGCAAGGAUGUAACAGUGGGACCUACUGCGAUAAUGGCAUUAAUGGUACAAAAGUACGUGACCGAUCUGGGAGAGGAUCUCGCCGUGCUCAUGUGUUUCUUAUCAGGCGUUGUGAUCACAAUCCUGGGCGUGCUUCAUUUGGGAUUUCUCGUCGACUUCAUAAGCAUGCCUGUAAUUUGCGGCUUCAGUAAUGCCGCGGCGAUUAUUAUCGCUACUUCUCAAUUAGGUACCUUGCUGGGUAUAAAAGGGCGCAGCGACUCCUUCAUCGAUUCUAUUUCAAAGGUUGUUAAUCACAUAAAUGAAACCCAACCUUGGGACACAGUGCUAGGAGUGUGCUCGAUGGUGGUAUUGGUUCUUUUUAAGAAACUGCCCGGCAAGAAGCUGGGAACUCCUUUCGAAAAAUUCAUGUGGCUAAUCUCCUUGGCCAGAAACGCUAUAGUCGUGAUGGUUGGAACUCUCAUAGCUUACGUGCUAUAUUCUCACGAAAUCAAGCCCUUUCAAAUUACGGGCAACAUAACGGCGGGUUUGCCAUCGUUUUCCCUACCUCCGUUUACCGUCGUGAACGGAAACCGUACGUAUACCUUCGCAGAUGCAGUCGGCGAACUUGGCAGCGGCAUCCUUUCGAUACCACUCAUCGCCAUCUUGGAGAGCAUCGCCAUCGCUAAAGCAUUUGCGAAAGGAAAGGCUCUUGACGCCAAUCAAGAGAUGCUUGCGCUUGGCCUUUGCAACAUAUGCGGUAGCUUCGUGAGAUCGAUGCCCGUGACUGGAAGCUUCACUCGUACCGCCGUUAACAAUGCGUCCGGCGUGAAAACGCCGAUGAGUGGUGUUAUCACCGGCGCUUUGGUGCUUCUGGCAUGCGGCCUGUUGACAUCUACUUUCAAAUUUAUCCCCAAAGCCACGUUGGCGGCUGUCAUCAUAAUCGCGAUGUUCUACAUGUUCGAAACGCAUAUUUUUGUUGUUCUUUGGAGAACAAAAAAAAUCGAUCUAGUGCCGUUGAUAGUGACGUUAUUAUGUUGCUUGGCGGUCGGCUUGGAGUACGGUAUGAUCGCUGGGAUUGCGGUAAAUCUAAUUCUCUUACUCUAUUUCGCGGCCCGACCUGGGUUAUUGAUCGAAGAGCGAAUCGUUGAUGGCUUGACCGUACUCUUCGUAUCGCCGAAGCAAUCCCUAAGCUUCCCAGCGGCGGAGUACCUUCGAGAGCGAGUAAUGUCGUGGUGCGACAAGAGGCCGAUAAGUUUGCCAGUGAUAGUGGAGGGUCGUCACGUACUCAGGAUUGAUGCCACAGUCGCGAAAAAUCUGGCAUUGCUCCUGUCGGAUCUCACCGCGCGGAAUCAGAAUAUCAUUUUGUGGAAUUGGUGCGAAGACGCGAGACAAACUUUGAUAAGUUAUGAUCCGUCGCUCGCGACCUAUUGCAGUUCGUCCAGCAGCAUAACGCAGAUUUUCAGACGAGACCGUGAUAUGCUAAUUGAGCCGAUAGAGCUACCGCCAUAACAGAUAUUGUGUUCAUUAUGUUCCUAGGAAUAAAUUACUCAAUCGCGCAAUUUUUUACCAAAAUUUUUUUAAGUGCAACGUUGAUAUGUACGUAAUGAUAAGAAUAUUAAAUAUAACUUUCGAAAAUAAUUGCAAUUUUCUUAUGUAAUCGUAGCGUUCCCCUUGUGCAUUCUGUAGUGAAAUUCACUACGUGAACACACAUAGCUGGUAAAGGGAUAAUGCGAUCAACCGGGAUACAUGUAGAUUAUUGAUAAUAUUAUUUUUAUCGUCAGGAAAGCGAUGGACGUGUUACAUCAACGACAAGGGUUGUUACCCUUCAUUUUUAUCACGUCCCUUUAUAGAACGAGCGAUCUUUUUCUGGAUCAGUUGUUAAUAUGCUAUCCAAGAUUAUCGACUGAAAUUAUAAAGAACUCUCUACACACAACCAGUAUCAUAACUUACAAUCGUAUAUUCUCUCUUCUGUCUUUCUUUUUCUACCUUUCUUUUUUCUUCCUCUCUUAUAUAUGCGCAGAAUUCGCGGAUUAAAAUAUUAUGAGAAAGAAAUUUUUUCCAGAAAUUAAGAAUUAAAAGUUCUUGGCAAUUUUUUAUUCCAAGUAAAAAUUUGCGACUUGUAAUACUUAAAAUUGUUCAACGUACCGCAGACUGCGAUUAAAAAAACGAUCAUCCGGUCUGCAGAUUGCGCGUUCAACGGCCGCGUUCUCAUUAAAAAAGAUCGUUACUGCCCGCUAUAUUACGCCAUGUACAAUGACCGUGUGAAUACGAUCCAUCGAAAUAUCGAUCGUAAAUUAGUAUGCAUAAGCGAGCGGCAGGAUAAUUUUUUGUCUAACAUCGAUAAAUGGAUGAAGUACACGGCCAUUGCACGGUACACGUGAGUCAUGGACAGUCGUUUAAUCGCGGCUCGUAAAUGGCCACUAAAAAAAUUCUCGUCAUUCAGGAUCUGUUAAUGUUAUUCGGGACAAAAUAUCGCAUUAAAGACGCUUACACAUACGACGCGGCCUCGACUCGCGAUCAGAGUCCUCUCCUCGGUGAAGUAAACAAAUUUCGCGUGAGAAUUAUUACGUACCUAAACGACACGCAUUUUGCGUCGUCGAUGUGAGGCUCGCUAAUAGCAGAGAGCAUUUCUCGUUCGUUCGUCGAAGAUCGCCAAAUCAUCAAUCCAUUCGUGGCGUCGCGCGCUGCGUCGUGUUCGUGGCAUCCUCAAUCCUUCUUUUUUCCUAAAAUGAAUGUAUAUGUCAAUAUAAUUAUAUACAUAUAAUUAUAUACCUCAA